AUGACCGUUGUCGACGCUCUCAUCCUCAACCCCAAGGUCACUCAGAGCCUCGCUCUGCUUGCCACCACCCUCGGUCGCGACAAGCUCUACCGUCUCAUCCAGUAUGUCUCGCGUGUGAUCGCGUGGUCGCUGGCUCGCAACGGUCACAUCGACCUCGCCUCGCGCUUCGACGGCCUCAAGGGCGCGCUGGGCCAGGCGCGCAAGGUGAUGCGUGUGUUCAAGCCCCUCGAGAACCUCCAGGCGGCUGUCAAGAUUGCCGAUGCGCCACUCAAGGGGGCUACCGGCGCCGAGCACCUCUCCAAGGCGACCCAGUUGGCGCGUCAGCUCUGCUACGCGACGUACCUCACCACGGACUCGAUUGUUUGGUUGCAGUUUGCAAAGUUCCUGCGCAUCGACAAGGAUAAGAUGGCCAGGAUUGGGCGGAUUUCGCAGAAGGCUUGGUUCUUCGGCAUUUUGUUCUCGCUCGUCUCGAGCGCGUCCGGUCUCGUCAACCUGCGCGCUCAGAGCCGCCGGUUUGCGCUCCAGGCCGAGGUUACUCGUGAUGACGAGGAGAAGGACGCCGCCGCGUCCGAGGCCGAGCGCCGCAAGCAGGGCCGCGCUCUCCUCGCGCAGCGCCAGACUAUUGUUUCGCAGCUCGUCACCGACGUCUUCGACUUCUGGCUCCCCGCCAACAAUCUCGGGUAUAUCAACCUCAACGACGGUGUCGUCGGCACGGCUGGUGCCAUCACGUCGUACAUUGCCCUCCAGAAGGCAUGGGCCAAGCACGCGCGCAAGUAG